AGGGGGUCCCGGUGCAGUGGGGGGCCCCUACUAUCCAAUAGCCUUAGCGCAUGUUGCGCCGCUAUCUCCUCUGCACCACUGCACCGGGAACCCUAUGAUGGGUGGGAGUCAAGUUCCGGCAAUAGGAUUAUCGCCAUCUCCAAAACGGCACAACUAGAAUUCUGGGCCUUGCGGCAACUAUCUCCUCCACCAUAGAAUAGUAGGGGCCUCAUCUUGCCUAAAAUAGUAGGGCAUUCAGAUGCGAGGAGGUAGAAUUGAGCCCUACAAUUCUAUGGCGGGUCACUUUUCCAGUAAUGUCUGCGAUAAAAAUGAGAAAUGGAGAGAGGCCCCGUCGGGGAAUUGAGAAAGGUCACUUUCACAGUCUACGGAGCCAGACGAAUGAUCGACGUGCCGGUAGGGAACUUGGGUGGGAAUGCCUACAAUUCUAUGGGGGGGUCACUUUGCCAGUCAUAUUCACCAUCUCUUUCGUCGAGCCCUUUAGAAUAGUAGGGGUCUGGCUCACAUGACUGCCUAGAGUUUAUUUGGCCGACCCAUGGCACCCCACUAUUCUAAGGGGCUUUGGGACGAUCUCUUUCGUCGAGCCCUUUAGAAUAGUAGGGGUCUGGCUCACAUGACUGCCUAGAGUUUAUUUGGCCGACCCAACUUAAUGCCACCCCUACCACCAACAUGACCACCAACCACCACCCAACAUCACUAAUCUAACCCACCCCUACCACCAACAUCACCAAUCCCACCAACUACCACGUUUCUUAUCGGAUUGAUGCUCCAUUUCGAAAUCAGCCAAAGAAAAUAGGGUCGCGUUUGACCUCUCUACCUCUAGCCGUGAGGUGCCCCUAUAGAAUUUUAGGCGCUACUGCUUAGUAUAGAAAGUGGCCCCUUUUAGAUUAUUCCCGGGGAACAUGUUCAUGUCGGGUGAUGGAUGGAGCGGGUUCUGGGUAGAAUAGUAGGGGCCCUUAGAAUAGUAGGGGCCCCCACACCCCCCUUUCUAAUAGUAGGGGCCCAUUCCUCUAUGAAUCAUGUUAGUAGGUCAUCUAAUCAUGUGACGUAUGGAAUCUCACUCAAGCUUGCCAUAGAAUAGUAGGGCAAUACGUAACAUGAUGAAUAUCAGUAGGAAGUCUCGUUAGUAGGAAACCAACAAUAGAAUAGAGGGCCACCCUCACCUCCUAUAUUCUCGUACCCUUUGAACCUCAACGGGCCACCCUCACCUCCUAGAGGUCCUGCAUGCUCAAAAAGGGCCCCACGGGGAACCCUUUGAAACCGGAGAGAAUUGGCUAAGUACUAUCGUUGCCUAACUCCACAAGUGGAUGCGAGGGCAAGGACUAUAAGGGAUCCUAGGUAGGACAAUAACAACAUUUUCUUUCAUAUCGCCCUGGCCCGUAGGGCUCACAAGUGUGGAUUGGGCAAGUACUAGUAUCCCCUACUAUUCGGCGAUCUAUUUUGGGCAUGUUACGUAUAGAAUCUGGUUCACCGGAACUAUAGUUGCCAUAGAGCCCUCCAACUUAUCUAUAGGGGGGUAUGGGGGGCCUCUGAACCGGCAAUAGAAUAGUAGCCCUCUUCACCGGCAAUAGCCAUAGAGUAGGGCGGGCCUCCGAUGAACCCUACUAUUCGCCAGGGGCAUGUUACGUCUAGAAUCGUCAACCCCCCUACCCCUGCAUGUUCACAGGGGCGCCCCGUGCAUCGCCCAUAGAAUUUGAGGUGCCCCGGGAAAGUAAAGGUAGAUGCCAUUGGGCGGUUCAGUCGGUUCAAUGCCUACUGUAUCGGAAUGCAUCGGAUGGAUGCCCGGGCAUUGGGAGGGGAGAGUGGUGAUUGGGGGGGGAGUGGGAGGUGGGCCCCCCCUUUUUUUCGAUCAGAUCGGCCGUUGAACCAGUUCAUAUAGUUCAUUCAGAAUUUUGUUUCAAUCGGCGGAGGAGGGUGGAGAACCAUUGGAUGGGAAUAGGGGUUCUACCGAUUGAACUAGAUUAUUCAUGGAUGGACAGCAUGGAUUGUAGGAAUUGGUGCGUCCCAAUCGAUAUGAGUCAAAGUGGGUUGCUCGCUUCCUAGAAUUCCCCAUGCCAUAGAAGAGUAGGGGCUGCCAUUAAUCAGCUUGCUAGCCCUACUAGAACUAUAAUGGGGGGUGGGGGGGGGCACGCAUCCUAAUUUAGAACAGUAGGGUUAGCCCCGCCCUUUUAGAAUAGUAGGGGGCAGUCAAGACUCGAUUCUAGCUCGGAGUUUUCUAGCAACUAGAAUUGCUUAAUAUAGCCCCCCCUACUAUUUAAAGGGUUCUUGAUAGAAGGGCCCCUAGGGGCGGGUGGGAGGAGGCUAUGGGGCGCAUUAAUGAACGGCUCGCCCUAGGGGUGGGUGGGAGGCGGCUGGAGCGCAUUAAUGAACGUCAUUAAUUGACUACUGAUUAACAACAAUUAAUAUACCGGGGCUCCCACCCGCCCUUAUUCUAGCGAGCUGAUUAAUGAACUGGUAGUCGGUAGAUUAGUUGUUGUGGGGGGUUAUGUUCGACAUUCCCACCCUGCUGGGGGAGGGCCCCUACGGGAGAACGGCAGAUUCCGUGUGUGGGGUUGGGUGGGGGGUAAAGUUCCCUGCAGAAGAAUGGUGCAUGCACAGUGGGUUUUCAUUAUUCUGAUGAAGCUUGACUAGGGUGAUAAAUGCCGGAAUUAGAGUUGGGUGGGGGCGCCCCUUAGAAUUAUCCCACCCACCCUGCAUGGGGGGUUCUAUUCCCUCUCCCGACCCCUAUCCAUAGUAGCGGGAGGCCUAUCUAUAUCUAUAUCUAUAGUAGGGGAGAUCGAGGAGGCCUAGGGGGAGAUGGGCAUUUAUGCCUCGACCGCCCCCUAUAUAGGGGGUGGGGGGGGGGAGAGGGAUUGAUUUCGGAGUCUCUGUGCGAGCCGUAUGCGGCGAGAGUCGCACGUACGGUUACGGGGGGGGGUUCACGUCUAUCGCAUAGUGUGGUGGCCUACCCCAUUUGUUCCAUGAUCUAUGGGUCUACUGGAGUGACCCACUUCGAUCAAUUAGCCGAGAUUUUGACCGGAUAUGAAAUGACUUUGUUCGGUGCUCGAUCCGGUGGUAUUUUCGCGGGGAUUCUAUUCAUCGCUGUAGGAUCUUUAUUCAAGAUCACUGCAGUUCCCUUUCGGGCGGCUGUAGGACGGCCGCCUAUGGGUGGUCGACAGAUUGCGGCCAAUCGACAAAACCAACUGCCUUCUCCGAGAGGACAUUUAUGUAUGGGCUCGACCACCGGCACUCGACCUGAAGUCCCAUCUCCCGACGAAGGGCAAUCCGUUAGGCGCUCGGCCGAUGGAUAGGCCGAGCCCCCCCCGGCACUACCCGGGGGGGCGGAUAGGGGCCCUCGACUUCCUCUAUUUUUUGACCCCCCGAGCCACUCUGCAUGCAGAGAGUCUUUUUGAGAAUCCCCCCUGCUGCAUGGCUUGAUUGGACCUGACGGUACUCGCCCCCCCCGGCACUAUAGCUAGAUAGGGGCCCCCUGGGGCUGGGAGCCUCAUAGCCCCUAUCCUUCCUAUUCAAACUAUCCACCUAUCCAAACUCUCUCUAGUGGGGAGGGGCACUCGACCAACGGGAGAGGACCCCGGGGGGGGCCCAGGGUCCGACCCCUACUAUUAAUAGCUGGGAGGACGAGGGCCGACGGCACUCCCCCGCCCCUAUCCUAAUAAAAUACUUGGGGGGGGAGGGAGAGGCACUCGAUAGAUCGAGGGCCCCCAAUGCAGGGUGCUCUCGACCGAUAGGGAGAGGAGAGCGCGACUCAUCACUACCUCGUAAGGGCGUUGAGACCAUAGCAUGUCACACGCCUUUCUCCGUAGCCGCCCGCCUAGAAGAGCCGCUCGCUCCAUAGUGUUGUCGCACAAGAUAAGCACGCCGCCUGCUUGGCGAAUCGAAGUUCUCUCCCGGUAAACUGUCCACCCAGUGAAGUGCGAACGUAACAGUGGAAUGCCACGGCGCACGCUGCUUGCUUGCACUAACACUAGCUCGCACUAACACUAAACACUAAUAGAUCUGGUGUGCCUCCUGCCCGUCGACGAGGAAAGAGCGACAAGGUUCAGAUUCGGAAGUUACUGCUUUUCCGCAUGCAGCAUGGGAGCUGAUUACCCAACAACUCUCUGGGAACAAUGGGAAAAAGGAUAUCCCGAUAACGGAAACCAUAGGGGGGGCUGUAUCGGCGAGAUCCAACGGUGAACAACUAGAUUCUCCAGGAGAAAACCCCGGCUGGAAGUCUGAGGACCUUUAGUACCAGCAGCCAGCGCUUCGCGCCCCUCGUCCUCCCAGACUAGCGGGGGUCGGACCCUAUCUAUAGUAGGGCCCCCGGGGUCCUCUCCCGCCCUACGGGCGAGUGCAGUGAGCCCCUCUUCAUUCUAGUAGGGCGCUUUAAAGAGCUUUCUCUUUACGAUAAGGAAGAAUCCCCACUCUGCAUUUCCAGCCCGGGAAAGCGCUGGCAACAACGGAAAGGGGUCUGACCAUACUGAGUGAGCAGCAGGCAUCUACUACGGAUCCCUAUCUAUAGUAGGGGUUAAACCGCUCCAUCUAUCUGUGUGUGGGCGGACCUGGCUUUGGAUAUCUAAUCCGAGUUCAGAGUAGAGAACCGGAGCCGUAUGAUGGGAAAAACUUUCACGUUCGGUCCAGGGAGCACUUUUAUCGUAGAUGAUGACUAUCUAUAGUCCUCGUUCUCCCUCGUGUGGCACUUCUGCUGAGCGAACCGCCCCCCCACUAUAGAGAGGGUAGAUAGGCAUUAAAGAUCCGGAAGAGAAAGAAGGCAGUGACGCCCCCCCCUCCCCCCCCCCCGGACUCCAUAUCUCUCUCGACCCUCUAUAUGUGGGCACCUGAUAUCCAUGAGGGUUCACCCACCCUGGUUGCAGCAUUCUUCUCUAUCGCACCUAAAAUUUCUAUUCCUGCGAAUAUGUUACGUGUUUCUAUCCAUAGUUUCUAUGGAACUACAUCGCAGCAAAUCUUCUUCCUCCGCAGCAUUGCUCCUAUGAUCCCAGGAGCACUGGCCGCCAUGGCCCAGACGAAAGUCAAAAGACCUUUAGCUCAUAGUUCGAUUGGACAUGUGGGUUAUAUUCGUACCGGUUUUUCACGUGGAACCAUAGGAGGAAUUCAAUCACUACUAAUUGGUAUCUUCAUCCAUGUAUCAAUGACGAUAGGUGCAUCCGCCAUAGUCCCGGCAUUACGGCGAACCCGUGUCAAAUAUAUGGCGGAUCUGGGCGCUCCAGCCGGGACGAAUCCCAUUUCGGCUAUUACAUCUUCCAUUACUAUGUCCCCAUACGCAGGAAUACCCCCGUUAGCCGGCUUUCGCAGCAAAUUCUAUUCGUCCUCCGCCGCUCUGAGUUGUGGGGCUCACUUACCAGCCUUGAUGGGAGUAGUGACUAGCGUUAUAGGUCGUUGGGCGGCCGGAAGGUUGCCUGGAGUGGCAGUUCUGCAUCCGUGCACCGGACACGUAGCCUACCAGAAGUUGCGACACAGUGAAUUGGGUGGGAUCAACCGACAUAUCUGCUACAGUGAAUCGGGUGGGAUCAACCGACAUAUCUUGCAAUAGAUCAUGAACCGAGAUCAUGAACCAACCAUAUCCAUCCGUCCGCAAUGCCGCGAGACACUGCACGAGAUGAACCCGGGUUUGGUGAAUCGAAGUUGGCCCUGGGUGUGAUAAAGAAGAUUCCCAGUUACAGCGCGCGAUCGUAUACCGAGGUGCUCCCCGCCGGUUGCUGGGACGACGCGAGCCGGCCGGCUCGACCAUCCAUCGGUUGAGACCGCCACCCAACCAACUAUAGUUCUCCAUAGCCUCCUCCCACCGAGCUCGGAGUUUUCUAGCACUUAUUGAUGCAGGCUUCAAUCAAGCCCUACCCCCCCCUACCCCCCCAUCAUAGUUGUUAUUGUAGGGGGCUGGGACUGAUUAAUCAACUCUACUAUUCUAAGGAGAAGCCUGCGCUACCCUACAAUUCUAUGGCGGUUAUAGAAUCGAGGUUGGGUGGGGACUCUAGUAGGAGAUAUAAUUGGGGGCAUGAAUGGACUAGACUGACUAUAUAGUCUAGUACCCAACUAUAGAUAGAUAGUCGCCGCACCGGUCUUCUGGUGCAUACCCUAGAUAGUCGACCUCAACCGACGUACGCGAUAGGUCGAGUCGAGAAGGAGGGAUGGACAGAGGGAUUACCCAUCUUCUCGGGGACGGGGAACGAAUCGACAUCUCGAUGUGAGACUUUUCCUUUUGGGGAAUAACGGCGAAGUCCAUCCAAAACCGAUGAAUAAGAGGAGAGCAAAGCGCCAAUGAAUGGCGCGCGAAGCGCAUGCGGAACGGGCGCGGGGAAAAGAGUGCCGUGCCGCCGUUCGGACCCCCUACCUAUAUAAGGGCCCAUGGCCGCACUUUCUGGGCCCAGAGCAGUGCCCAAAUGAUACAUACAAUUAAAGAUUUGGGGCAAGGAACCCCGUGAUCAAUAGAUGGGGCCCUCUCCCCUCCUCGUCCUAUCUUAGAGUCCCUCUCCCUCCCCUACUAUAGAUAGGCCUAUCGGUUGAGCGGUUCGCCCAAGAAAGCCCCCAUUAUAGAGAGGGGGGAGAGGGGUGGGGGGGGGGGCUCACCUCUCGCCCUAUAAAUGACCUAUCCAAACUAUGGGGGGCGAAGCGAAAAAUAGAGUGAAUUAUUCUGCAGGGUGAUAACUAUGCCCCCCACAAUUCGAACCUCCCCCCGGUUAUGCCCCCAGCCGGGGCCCUACUAUUCAAUUAUUAUAGCAGGCGUACAUUAAUGGCAGGGGGCCCACACUCCAUAGAAUUUGAGGGCCUAUUGCCAUACCCUUUACAAGCCCUUUCAAAUAGUAGGGGAAAGAUACUUCAUUUUUGAUUCUAAAAAAUGAAUGCUAUCGAGUGGUUCACCCUACUAUACUAUAGAAAGGGGCUCACCCCCCCCCACUAUAGCCCUAUUGAACCCCCCCCCCCACCCCCCCCGGGGGGGGCAAUAGGGGAUAGUUGGCGUUUGGUUUAGCCCUAUUGAACCCUAUGCGGCCCAACUAUAGAAAGUUGAGGCCUCCCCCUAGGCGGCCUAUCCAAACUCUCUAUAGUGGGGGGGGCCCUCGACCGAUAGAGCGACAGCGCAGCGAACAGCUUGGGGCCGUGGCUUCAGUAGCAUCACGACUCGCCCUACUAUCUAUAGGGCCGGUGAUCCGGAUGGGAUACUACUGCGCUUAGUGAGCGCCCGCUCAUUGAACGGCUCUGCUGCAAUGGAUGGCAGAGGGCCCGUAGUACCGGCCGGGCCGGGAAGGGGCCUGAUAAGUGCCUACUGCUACACAUCCGGAGUGUCCGGCAGGGUUCGGACUCUUUCCUAACUCGAGAUGGGGGCCUCAGCUCGACACCCCCUCAGUGUUCAUUCGUUCAUGCAUGUGUACUCCGGAAUAACAGAGGGGACAAGACAUAUUCGUUCGUAUCCAUCUGGACAAAACACCAUCUCCGAAAACACGAGGAUGGGUUUGACUAGACCAGACUAGAAUUGGGUGGUUUGGAAGACCAAGCU